AUGGCCUCGUUGUGCAGACGAGCUGUAUUCCAGGCAUGUAGCCGAACAUUUUCCACAGCUCCAGUCUGUGGAAAAUACCGUAAAGACCAAAUGCCUGAUCCCAUGGAUCUCGCGACUGGUCUUGAAAAGCGUGAGCUGCUUGCUUACCAAUCUGGAAACGACGAUCCCUUCAUGAUGAAAGGAAUCAUUCGCGGUCCUGGGACCAAAGAUCAGCCCAACGAAGUACCAAGUGCAUUCAACAGUCGUAUUGUUGGUUGUAUUUGCGAGGAAGACUCAACUAGUAUACUCUGGAUGUGGUUACACUCAGGAAUCCCACGACGCUGUAAAUGUGGACAUUGGUUUAAACUUGUGAAGAAAACUCCUAUCUAA